UGAUCAUCUUUAACAGCUGUGACGAGGAGCAAGAAGAAGGGAGGAAAGCAGUCCCGUGAGGUAUUAACAUUUAUCCCCAUCAAUACUUCUUUAAGAUAUUGUACACCACCAAGCAGUACAGGGAUGAGAGGACGAGGUGCAGGAAGUCCUUCAGCACAUGGAAGUUCACCCCGUUCGAGGACACCGCAAGGAUCUCAGUCUAGUUAUAAUAAAAACUACUCAAAUAGAGGAGUGGGCCGUGGAAAUUCUACUAACUACAGAAAUAAUGAGAGUCCUGCCAGAGAAGCAUUUCCACCUUUUGCUGGUGCAGUGAAUGUAGGAAUGAGUGUUGAGGGAGUUUGGGCAGUGCGUCCAAAUACCAGUCAGUCUAACCACCUGCCCCCACCACCCCCAAGCAAUAUGCCAGGCUCUUCCAACAGUGUCCUGCCACCAGGACCUUACUGUCCAGGUGCCUCACAUCCUGCACCAAUGCCAGGUGAUGAUGAGCAAUCCAGAAAUGCUGACAUCUCCCAGCUGCAGAUGAGGGCUGUGACAGAAGCUCUCCAGCAGGUUAUGAGUGCUGGGGGUCAGGAGGUGCGUGUGACAGGCCAACAGUUGGAAGUUGUCAGUACAGAGGAAAGAGCAGUACCUCAGGCUGGUCCUUUGGUAGACGAAUGUCCACAGGUGGACAAUACUGAUACUGCACCUCAGGUUGAACAAAACAUGCCUGAGCCGUUGUCUGAGCAGAAAGGAAAUGAAGCUGGAACUGUCAAUAGAGAAAUUGGGAAUACAGGUCCACCUGUUCAAGGUGCCAACCCACAUACCUCACCAGCUAUGGAGGAACCUAGUCUUCAGAUAGAAACUGUAAAUCAAACGCAAUAUAUGCAUCCUGCUAAUGGAGAAAUGCAGCCUGCAAUGUAUACACAGCUGGCUGGCUCACCCUCACCACACAACGGUGCCAUGUACACGAUCAGCUAUCCACCACCUUAUCCCAGUCCAGGCCUCUUCCAGGUUUUCACUCCAGUACCAGAUAGUAGUGGUACCCCAGAAUUUACACCACCACCACCACCUGUUACAUCAAUGCCCAGCAGACCAGAUACUUGGGAUGGACAGGGACAAGUAGCAGAUGCAGAAAGCAUGAAAGUAAACCAAGGGAUGGCACCAGUCAUGGUGUAUCAUAUGCCAGUAAUGUUUGGAGGGUAUGAUUAUUCUUAUAAUCCAUGGGCAUACCCAGUUCCAGUAAUGCCAUCACCACCAAUGGAAAUGGUGCCACCUCCACCAAUGGGAGCUCCACCGCACCAGAAUUAUCCACCACCAUAUCAUCACGAUGGCCGUGAAGGGAGAGAGAGGCCUCCAUUCCAUCUUCGUGGAAGAGGGAGAGGGGGUAGUCCACACCACAACCAAUAUCGUGGGCAUCACCAAAACAACCAACCUUAUAAUUCUUAUCCAGGAAAUAGUUACCAUGGUGGGCAGAAUCACUACAAUAACAGUUAUGGAAGUCCUAUGGGUCGAGGUAGUGGGCCUGGUGGUCAGCGAUCUUUACCCCCAAGAUUCCAAAGAGGUGGAGGUACCCCAAGACACCAAUAUUCAAGCCCUAAUCAUUACCAGCAUCCUAAUACCCCUCCACACCUUAACCAAAGGAGUCACCAGUACGAGGGUCAGCCUUUAAUGCAUAUAGGGUCAAAAUCAAACCCAGAGAAUCAGUCUUCACAG